AAGAUUUACUACUAAAAUAAAGAUGGGUUUCUCCAAGACAUCACUUCCUCUCCUUUGUUUCAUCAUCUUAGCCCUAAUCGUCGACCCCUCUCAUGCCCAAAACUCUCCACAAGACUAUGUGAAUGCACACAAUGCUGCUCGAUCACAAGUGAAUGUCCCAAACAUUGCAUGGGAUAACAACUUAGCAUCCUAUGCACAAAGCUAUGUCAAUUCAAGACUUGGUGAUUGCAAUCUUGUGCACAGCAAUGGACCGUACGGCGAGAACCUUGCCAAGGGCAGCGGCGCGUUCACUGGAGCAGCGGCCGUGGAUUUGUGGGUUAAAGAGAAACCUUUCUAUGACUACAACUCCAAUUCUUGUGUGGGUGGAGAAUGCUUGCAUUACACUCAAGUGGUUUGGCGUAACUCGGUUCGCGUAGGGUGCGCUAGGGCUCAGUGCAACGAUGGGUGGUGGUUUAUUUCUUGCAACUAUGAUCCUCGUGGGAACAUUAUUGGCGAACGCCCCUACUAAUGAAUGAAGAUCAAAAGAUACUACUUACAAUUAAAUAAAACUACAUAUAUUUAAUAUAUGUAGAUGAGUUUUGAUGUGAAACUCAAAUAAAAAAUAUUACUGAAUGAAUUUUGGUGUUGUUUGGAUGAUCGAAACAGUCAUUUCAAUUAUGUAUGUCAAUAAUGUUUCGAGAAAGAAUAUAGAAUAAGAAAUAAGCCACCAAUUUCUCAAUUA